AUGAGCGGACCAUCCAGUAGCAGUGGAAGAAUCUACAAACUCCUGACCACGGACAACCAAAUUUUUGAAAUGACCCGCGAAGAUAUGAGCCAUGGAACUGUUCUAGCCGGUGUUGCUGCUCUCACCGACACAAAAUCGGGACUCUCAAUCAACGACCCGAUUGAAAUGCCACGUGUCAAUUCAGAUGUGAUGAGGUUGAUUCAGAGAUGGUGUCAGAUGUGUCGAGUGGACAAUCCAACGACUUCCAAUUGGAAAGAAGAGUUUCUGAGUGAGCUGCCAGACAAAGAGAUUCAUGGAUUCCUACUGAUGGGUGAACAUCUCGGAAUGAAAAGUUUGGUGGAAGCAGCCAAGAAAUACUUGGACGGAAGAAUUCGAGAGCAGCAGAAAUCAAAGAAGAAGAAGACUCCAACCACUCCAGGAUCCUCGAAGAAAUCAGGCGGCGGCGGUCCUCCACGCAAGACAAUUUGA